AUGGGUAAUGAAUCAACUGAAACUUCAAAAGGUGUUGAAACUUCAACACAAAAUAAUAAUUUAAAACACCCACAAAAUGAGGAAAAUAAAAAUAAUAAUAAAAUAAUUAAUAAUAACACUAUAUUUGUUCCUCAACAAGAUGUUGAUUUUAAACAAAUAUUAGUUCCAUCAUUAAAAUCGACACAUGAACAAAUGGUAAUUGAAUGGGGAUUUUUUAAAAAUUUUUGUGGGGGGAAGGGGAAUUAAUGCAGACUCUGGGGUCUGUAAGAUCUGGCCCAGAGCUGUUUUUUCAAGAAAACGCUAAAUUUCAAAGCAGCUCUAGUCUGGUCAGGGCUGUGGCCAAAAUUUUCGCGUGGCGCGCCAAACGCCAAUUUUCUA